UUACAUAGUCUCGAGCUAAAAAUUACUCUCCGAUGACGCUUCUCUGUUAUAAAUUCAUCAAGCAAUUCAAUGACAUUUUUCUCUUUCAGAUCGAUAGAACCUAUCCAAUACGUGGACUUCAGUUAAAGUCCUGCUCUACAGAGUGAAUCUAUCCAUCUUUGAUUCAGAAUGGCAGGUCAAGGAAAGAAGAAAAUGACUGGAGCCGAAGACGCAGGAAACAGAGGAGGACCAGGGCGUCCGCCACUGUCUGAAGAAGAAAAGAUGAAAAAGAAGGAAGAGAAAAAUAAAAAGAGCAGAGAAAGUCGGAAAUUAAGAAGUGUGAAUUCAGUACACUUCUGCAAGAGGAAAAAGUAUUCAAGGCCUUCUGUGAGGAGCACCGAAUAAUGGAAGUUUGCCAAAACUAUUGUGAAAAGUGCAAGAAAAGAACUGAAGAAAGUUCAAAGGGUACAGAAGAGCAAACAAGAGAGUUCAAUGAAGAAGUCAACAAGCUUGGUGAAGUUAUUUUGGUUUGAUUAUCUGUGCCUUACUUCCUUCCAACCAUAGCCAUGCAUGCAUCUUUUCUUUUUAGGUUUUGACAUACAUUUAUUAGUGCAUCACAGCCCUACCACAAAUGUGCACUGGUUUCAUGUUCUAUUGCCCUUUAAUUAUCUGAAUCUUUUCAACUCUCUCUCUCUCUCUCUCUCUCUUAAUUCCAGGAUUGUGGAACAAACCUAUUUUCGGAGGAGGGACUUCAACUGCUUAUUCAAUAUUCCAAGGACCAGGCAGCAGCUGUUGAGGAGGUACAGAUACUUUGUUGCAUUACCUUUUAAAAUUUCCUAACUCUGAAAAAGUUAAGAAUCCAGAAUCCCAAUUCUGGGCGAUUUCAAUAAAUACUUAAUGUAAAGAGUGACUAUCAUAGUUUUGAGUUUUUGGAUUCUAAUUUUUUGAGGGUUAGGAUGUAUUCACUUAUCCUUUACAGCUUGUUUGGUUUGAGGGGAGGGGAGGGGAGGGGAGGGAAAGGGAGUUCCCUCUGUUUCUCUCAAACCAAACAGGGUAGUAUUAUGGACUUACUGUUUUAACAUGUUUCUUAACUUGCAGAACCAUGAAAUGUUGGAAGGAAACUUAAAGGGUAUAGAUAAUUUGCUGCAUUAUCUGGGCCCUCAAAUGUUGACUCAAAUUCUGGCGCCUCGCACUACUUUGAUAACUGGUGGUGUUGCCAAUUCUAGUAGCGCUGGAGGUCAUGGUGGUGAAAUAGGGCCAAAGUUAGGCACCCCAUUUGAGCGAGCAUGGGAAUUAAAGAGGAAGAGAGACGAAGAACUGGAUGAAGCUCGUAGGGGCAAAAGGCCUGGAACUGCUGACAAUUACACUCCGCCUUGUCCUCCAAUUUAUGGUUCUCAACCUGGUGGGUUUAUGGCUGACGCUCACUGACAGACUUCCCCUCAGUCAGCUGCUGCAUAUCUUUU